UAAAUGUUUUAUGUGAUCCCUCAUUGGCCAGUACCAUUUAACCAAAUGUCCAGUUUUUGUUUAUCAUAAUAAUGGCGCUGUGAUUCUUCUGUUCUUAAAGCAUUAAAAUUUUUCAUAAGUUAAAGAUUUGUUCUCUGCGUAGCAGUGUCGACCUCGGUGUUCACCCGCGGGAAGUAAACAGUAGAUAGAUAUCGCUGCGGCUAAUUUUUUCUAUUUUGUAAUUUCUUAAUUUUUGAAUUCGAAAGGUUGAAAAUGGCAGCUGCUGCAUUUUCUUAUCGGUCAAAUAAACAUUCUGACAGUGAAUCGGAUGACAGUGAUGGAGAAUGCACUGUCUGGAAAAGAGCCUCCAGAAAGACUUCUCACACAGAAGAGUUGGAAAAAAUUCCAAUUGAACAACCUUUAGAGAAUUCGGCUCCAGUGCCAAUAAGUAAUACUAAUAACUUAAAGCGUAAAAGGAAUAACGUCUGGUGUGACGUUCUCCAAGAUCAGAUGAUAUCAGAAACUUUAAACCACUGUGGUAUCAAAAACAAGCCAGCUGAUUAUUUCAACCGAGGUGAAGAAAGCUAUGACUAUACUCUGAGUUAUAAAUAUCAAAAGAAGGAGGAGGAGGAGGAUGCUGAUUUGGAUGAUCAAAUGUCUGCAGAUGAUACAUCUGAAACUAGUUCUGUUUAUUCAAAUAAAAGCUUUAAAUCUAAAAAAAAUGACAAAUUUGUUCAUCUUGAUAGUGCUGAAUUGGCUGCUGCUAGAAAAAUAAUCAAAGUUCUUUGUGAGCCAAAGCGGCAUUUAAUAUAUCGGGUUGUUAAAUAUUUAGGUGUAGAAAAAGCUAUAGAACUUAUGAAAAUGACUGAAGACAUAGAAGAAAAUGGUGGUAUGAUGAUAAAUAACAAUCAACGUCGUAGAACACCAGGUGGUGUUUUUUUUCAACUAUUAAAAGCUGACAAACAUAUUGAAAAAUCUGCAAUUGAUAAGAUAUUUGAAGGUGAAAUGACUAGCUUUGAUCGGAAAAAAUAUUUUGAGGAGAAACGAAAAAUGAAAAAGAAACUUGAGAAAGAAAGAAAAUUAAAAAAGAAAGCAGAGAAGGCACGUCUUCAGAAAUUUGCUGAAGAUAUGGAAUUAUCACAGCCACCUAAGAACCAAGAAGAAUCACGGAUGGAGGAAGAGUCAAUGCCAAUGGAAGAACCGCUAGAAGAGCAUAAUACCAACAGUGAUACACAUACUCCUAAUGAAACAGUUACUAAAACAUCAGAUUUAGAAGAUGGAGAACUUGAGGAUGAAUAACUUUCUCAAUCUUUCUUCAGUUUCAUUUUGUACAUUGUAAAGUGGAAUCACAUGUAUAUAUUUGAUUCAUAAAACAUUUCCUUACUGCUGUUUGCUUCAAUCAA